CAAUAACAGCCCUCAUAUCAAAUAGUCGUCCCCAGGCAGCAAAGCGCAAGAGCACACAUGCUUUUGGGACGAGCGAACAUCACAGAGCACGAAGUUUGACCAAACCGGACUCCUGUAACGGAUAAAGACUUGUCACCUCUCAAGAACUCAGCCAACUUUACCUCUGCACUGUUUUGAGAAAAGUGUGCUGUUCCAUGCGGCUGCAUCCAUAGAACGAGCCUAACCUCCUGCUCCCAGGAGUCCGCAUGAUCCUAAAUCUAUCUGCUGACCGCGUCUGUCCGAGGCGUGUAAUAGAUUUUGAGGCUCGUCCGGGAUUGGCGCCACCUUCUGGAGGUAUCUGAUCCAGAGAUUUAUGAACCAGGGACAGCAUGACGCUUGACCAGAGCGAGAGGGCUACAAGUGGGCGACUUAGCAGCGGCAGGUUGUGUGAGGGGAGGAAGUUGUGAAGUCACGCGGAGAAGCAGUUACUGUUCGGUUACAGAACCGGAGUAAGGCUUGGCUUGGUACACCAGAAGGAACCAAGCCUUCUUUCAGAGGUCCUCUUCUUCCACACAGUCCUACCCUACCAGUGACUGUGCAAAUCCAUUCACAGACAGACACAGAACUUAACAGAAUCUCUUGUACCCUAUAUUUGAAAGGAGUUUUCAAUCCUAAAAGUACACACUCUAUCGGAAGACUGCAUGGUGAAAGUGUUACCUUGUUAGACACCCACAGGGCUAUAGACAGAAGCUCCACUUGUCAAACCCACUCACUGUCUCUACCCUGGAGAAAAAGGCUUAUUUAACAUCUAACACUAGCACGACGUGCUGUGUGUUGCUUUCACAUUCAGCGCCAUUGAUCCACUGACCGCCCUGUAAUUUCAUUAGCAUUCUAGCCUCUCUUAUUUUUUUAAAACACACACACACACACACACACACACACACACACACAGAGACACAGGCAACCCUCCAAAUGACACACUGUUUUCACAAAUAUUAUUGGCCCUGUUGAUCACGAGGCACAUGCUGCUGUCAGCUCAUUCAAUCACCAUCCACUACAGACAACACCUGGGUAUGAGGGUCCCAUCUGCACACUAUUAGCCCCCAUUGAGAGAACUGGAGAGUACUACUACACUUCCCUGUUGUACUGCUAUGUUUAUUCACUCUGGCAGGUGCUAGUGUCAUGUCCUAUUUGUCCAGGCGGCUGUCUGUGUGAGUGGAUACGACAGGGUUAUGAUGAACACGUGCUGUUGUCGUCUUCUACUGCCUACGGUUGGGUCACUGUGAGGGGAAGAGAUCCUAGGUCUGAUCAUACUGUUUGUCUAUCACCCUGUCAGAAGGGAUCAAGACCAAAUCUCUCUUGAAGUAGACACUUCAUCUCAAAGAGACUAACAUCUCAAAGGAUAAACAAAGGCUGACUAGAACACAUCAGUCUGUCCAACCGUCUGUCUGGUUGUACCCCCAACUGUGGCCCACCUCUUGCCCGCUCCCCCCACCAUCCAGUCUGUGUGUAAGUUCUGCCGACGGGCUGCUUGGAGGAUGAGCGAUGUCCCCACCCUGGACUAUGAGCUGCUGCUGUCCCCUGGGCCCUCCCUCCCUGGGCCCCCCAGCAGCCCUGCUCUGGUGGGGGGCGACGCGGAGCAGAGGACGGCCUUUGCCUUCGUGGGGCUCCUCAUGCUCUUCCUGGUCUUCCUGCUGGUGCGCUGCUUCCGCAUCCUGCUGGACCCCUACAGCCGCAUGCCAUCCUCCUCCUGGACCGAACACAAGGAGGGCGUAGAGAGGGGGCAGUUUGACUACGCCCUGGUCUAGACCUGGGUCGUGUUCAUUAGGAACCAAACGGAAGAAAGAGGACUGAAACAGGGAGGGACUACCCGAACUUGUCCAAUAAGAAAAUGUUGUUUUCGUUUUCCGUUGCACAACGUUUCGCUACGGUGUGCCCUAAUGAAAACGACCCCGGUAGUGUCUAAAGGGGGCAGUUUGACUGGCCCUGCUGUAGAAACAAAGACCACAGUUGUCAAGACAGGAUUCCUCAACACCCAGACCAAGACCUUUGACUACAUGCUGCUGCAGAGACCCGAGGAAAGAGGGGCCGUUUGGAAUAUAUGCUGCCGUCAAGGCCCACACUAAAACCAGACCACCAGAUUGCUUGAGACCCAGACUGUUACUAAGACUAGACCAUUUGAGACCCAGACUUGCAACUCAGAGCCAGAGGUAGAAAGGGGUUGUACUGCACUGCUGCAUUCCCCUCAAAAUACUUCCUCCUCCUCUUCUAGUCCCUGUAGAUUGGCUAAAAUGCAGGGGAGUGCUGACAAAGCCAUUACAAACACAAUGAGAUUGCAAACAAGAUCUCUCCAGAUUAAACGUAUAGGCUAUAUCAUAGUAGCUUUCAAUAUUUACAUCACACCUGUUUCUGUACCUCACAGUUUAUGAUUUGUUACAGUAUAUUUGACAGUCAUUACCUUUUUUUAAUAUUGAUUGGCCUCUGACAAAUGAUCAAUUUGUAUUUUUCCCUCAGAUUUCCGACUGGGUUGAGAUAUUACAACUGUGUUUAGAUGCAUCCGCCCUUUUAAGAAACCAGACUGGUGAUUUGUCUUCAAAGGAGCAUUAUUAGUGUGUUUUGUGUUGGUAUAACUGAAACAAAGCCAUAUCUAUAAUAUGAAACGUGAUAUGUUUUCAUAUACGAAGCAUGGGCAGCAAUUUUUCAACUCGCCUCUACUUGGCGAUACUUUCUUUGGUCUCGAUAUGGAAGAAACACGUCUUUUAUAAAUGUCUGUGUUCAGUUGCAGGUGGUACUCCGAAAAACAGAAAAUUCAGAAAAAUAUUACAUCCACUUUUUGCACCGCAUGAGGUUUCUCGCCAUCUUAGCUACUGCACAUCUCGCAUUUCCCAACAUCUUUGCCGGAACUAGUCAAUGCGCUUCACACAGUGCGACCAAAACAAAGAUCUACACACAUGCAAGAGGCAUUUCUCACUCAGGGCCAUAGCUAAAAAAAAAAAAAGAUUUUUAUUUGUAUUUAUUUUUAACUCGUUCGGGGUCUCAACUUACUGUUGAGAGUUAGAAUAGUAGAAUACACAAGGUGCAAUUUCUAAACUUGGUUGUGCAUUAGCAGUUUUACUCGUUAUGUCACUCAAUUAGCCCAUGUCAGUAAAACAUUUUUAGAUUGCUAAAUUAGUCUUGCUAGUUAUCUUAUCACGGCCGAAUUACCGUGCUUAGGGACCCUGACCUCCAGGGGGAGCCAUUUGAUUUUGUUAGUCACUCUCACCCAGAUAUCAUAUUAACAUGGCGAAAUGUGUAGAAUUGCAGGGAAUUAUCUUUAAAACUGCAAACAUUUCUCCCCACCCCAUGGCAAAAUGUGUAGAAUUGCAGGAAAUUAGCUGUAAAACUGUAAGAACAACAAUCUUAUUUGUUUACCUUUUUAAUAAAAUAUUUGUUCUCCUAACAGAUCCCUCUACAUAAUAAAUUAUAGUUUUAAAUCUCAGAGCUGAGUUAAUGUGUAGCGGCUAAUUGUAUACUGUAUGUGAAUGAAGCUACAGCAAUCAAUGUGAUGUCUGGGGUCAUUUUGGCUUGUUUUUGCUGUUCUCCAAAUAGCAUUUUAGUUUAAAAAUUCUAUAAAAAUGCAGUAAAUGAGCUUUAACGUUGUUAAAUCCAGAGCAGGCAGCUUUGCUUGCGUUUAAGAUUUGUAAGUAGAUAUUUUUCAUAACUGCUUUGUUUUUGCUACGCAGGGUUUAAUUUUGUGAAAUAAAAUGUGGUUUUCUUCAAUUUGUGUUUCCAGUGUGGGAGUGUAUUACUCUUCCUGUAAAAUCAAUAAAGCAUUUUACCACAUUAA